UUACCAGUUACUUGUGUUGACGCAUCAGAGCAAUUUCUCAGCAAGCUAAAGGGUGUUACAGAGCCUGAGAAGAAAAGGAAAAUCAUUGGGGAGGAAUUCAUCAAUAUAUUUGAUUCUUUUGCUCAAGAAUUGAAGCAAAAAUUGGGAAAGGAACCUGUGUAUUUGGUUCAAGGAACCUUGUACCCUGAUGUGAUUGAAUCCUGUCCUCCUCCUGGAAGCGGAAGGAAUCACUCGCACACGAUCAAAAGUCACCAUAAUGUCGGAGGGCUUCCCAAGAACAUGAAAUUGAAGCUCAUUGAGCCCCUUAAACUCCUCUUUAAGGAUGAGGUUCGUGAACUGGGGAAAAUCAUGGGGGUUCCACAGGGCUUUUUGAAGCGCCAUCCCUUCCCUGGGCCUGGACUUGCAGUUCAUGUGCCUGGUGACGUUACAUUAGGAGACCAUUUAGACACUCUGCGAAAGGCGGAUGAGAUUUUCAUCCAGUCGAUCAAAGACGCUGGGAUUUACGACAACAUAUGGCAAGCCUUUGCUGCGUUCUUGCCUGUACUAACCGUGGGUGUGCAAGGGGAUCAAAGAACGUACAGUCAUGCCAUUGCAUUGAGAGCCGUCACCAGUCAUGACGGAAUGACUGCAGAUUGGUAUGACUAUGAUCACAAGUUUCUUGCUUAUCUAUCCACAAAGAUUUGCAACGAAGUUACUGGCGUAAAUCGAGUUCUUAUGGACAUUACAUCGAAGCCUCCAUCAACUAUUGAAUGGGAAUGAAUGAUCAAAUGAUCCA